CGGUUAGUCCGCACUAGCCAGCAGACAGCGUAUCCGAAAUAGGUAUAAAUAGUUCCAGUUUUGACCAUCGACCACAUUUCAAAACCGAAAUCGACACAAUGAACACUUUAACUUGCCUCUUCGUUUUAGUGAGCGCGAGUGUGGCACUUGGUGGAGCAAUCCCGGCCUCAGUCCUGGCGGAAUUGCAGCAGGCAGGAGAGCCAGCACUGUCAUCAACCCUCCAACAUCCCGCAGAACCCAUCCAAAAUCCCGCGGAGGAAUCACUUGAACCGGCGGAAACGGCGCACCACGGCUACCGUGGCGGCUAUGGCGGCGGCUACGGCGGCGGCUUCGGCGGCGGCUUCGGAGGAUUCCGAGGCGGCUAUGGCCAUGGCGGCGGUUUCGGCCACGGCGGCGGCUUCGGCCACGGCGGCUACGGGGGCGGCUACGGGGGCGGCUACGGCGGCGGCGGAUUUAUUGUGGGCGGAUUCCGUGGCUACGGAUACGGCCGCUAAAAGUGAUGUGCUAAACGUGACAUUUAGUAUUAUUAUCUGUGAUUAGUACGGACUUUAGUAUUAAGUUAAUGAAAUAAGAAAUAUAAACAGUUUUAACAAAAAA